AUUUGUACGUUUACAAACUUGUUUUUGCCAUCCCCGCCCAAAUCCCACAUCCAUGUCGGUCCGAAGCUUAUUAGAGCCAAGCUUUAACUAGCUUAUGUCUGUCUCUCUCUCUUGAACAAUAAAUUCAAAUUCACAAAAUUUCCCCAUUUCUCUCUCUCUGUUCAACGACUAUGAUCCAUUCCCAUUGCCGAGAAAUACGCCUUCAAUUACUUCCUUAUGAGAUCCAUUUUCAAUUGCCAUUCUUACUUGUCUUCUUCUUCUUCGGUGCUGGCGGAUUUGAUUACGGAGAUGUUACCUGAUUUAUUGCCGUGUGAUUGUGCUACUAGUGCUGCCGCCGCUGCUGCUAAUUCCGUUUUGGUCCUUCGCCGUGUCGGGACGGUGGCGCUGUUAUUAGUUGCGGCUUCUUUAUCUUGUUUCGUCCUUUACAGAGGGGGUGAAACAGUUGGAUUCAAGAUCCCUGACUCUCUCAGCUCACAUGCAUCUCGUGUUUUCUUCUUCCUCCCUGCUGAUCACUCCCCCCUUCCCUUGGACACUGAGGAGCAUAAGCUUGAAAAGGUUUUGAAAGAUGCUGCUAUGGCGGAUAGAACUGUGAUUUUAACAACCUUAAAUGAAGCCUGGGCUGCUCCAGAUUCUGUUCUUGAUCUCUUUCUUGAAAGCUUUAGAAUUGGCAAUCACACCCGUGAGCUUUUGAAUCAUUUAGUGAUUAUUGCCCUUGAUGAGAAGGCAUUUUCCCGGUGCUUGGCUGUACAUACUCAUUGCUAUGCACUAGUAAGUGAAGGGGUUGACUUUUCCAAGGAGGCUUAUUUCAUGACCCAUGACUACUUAAAGAUGAUGUGGAGAAGGAUCGACUUCUUAAAGGAUGUUCUUGAAAUGGGAUACAACUUUGUCUUCACGGAUGCUGAUGUCAUGUGGUUCAGAAAUCCAUUUCCUCACUUCUACGAGGAUGCAGAUUUUCAGAUAGCGUGUGAUCAUUUCUUAGGAAACCCUGAAGACGUGGAGAAUAGACCUAAUGGUGGCUUCUUGUUUGUGAGGUCAAAUAAUAGAUCUAUUGAGUUCUACAAGUUCUGGUAUACCUCACGAGAAACGUACCCGGAUUUGCACGAUCAAGAUGUUCUUAACAAUAUAAAGUAUGAUUCAUUCAUUAUUGAUAUUGAUCUCAAAAUGAGAUUCUUGGAUACAACAUAUUUUGGUGGAUUUUGUGAACCGAGCAAAGAUUUGAAUGAAGUAUGUACAAUGCAUGCUAAUUGCUGUUUUGGGAUGGAAAGUAAACUUCAUGAUCUUAGAGUCUUGCUUCAAGAUUGGAAAAACUUCUUGUCUUUGCCACCAACGCUGAAGAGAUCAUUAGCAUUUUCAUGGAGAGUUCCUCAAAACUGCAGUCUUGAUUCUCUUCACUUGUAUGCCCCACCAUUGGAGAACGUAAAACAGGAGAUUGUAGAACAGGAGAAGGUAGAAUAAUAGAACAAGUGUAGAUGACUGACACUAAAUUUAUAGCUGUUGUAGCAAUUGAAGCUGCUUUCUGUGCUGGUAAGUGGUAACAAUGAGGAAACAGCCAUUUUGCUUAACCACUAAGUCAAAGUUAAUACAAGUUUAAUUCGAAAGCUGACCUGUUCUCAGUCCGUUUUCUCCGGCUUUUGUAAAUAUUAAUCUUGAGGUUCUGGUCCAACUUGGCGAAAGAAUAUUACAAAAUUUUGUCUUGUUUCCUCGUCA